AUGGUCGCCGCUGAUGAUUUCAUCCCGGAGCUGGCUGAGGGCCCCGCGGACCAGCCAGUCCCCGAGUCAAGGGUCCUGAUCAUUAUGACUGGAGGCACGAUUUGUAUGCGACCAUCGCCAGCCGGGCUGGUGCCUGCCCGGGAUUUCCAGGAACAGUGCCUCGCACGGGUGCCUACGUUCAACGAUAGAUCGAAUUCCACAAUGAUGGAUGUUGUGACCAACGGCGAGGGGGAUAUUAAACCUCACCCUAGUCUGCGGACUCCGAUGACGGCGUACGGCCGGCGAGUGAGAUACACCGUGUUCGAGUUCGAUGAGCUUCUCGACAGCAGUUCCAUUGACGCCAAGGGAUGGGCUCAGAUUGCGAUGACCAUUGAGCGAAACUAUACGCUCUUUGACGGAUUCGUGGUCCUCCACGGAACAGACAGCUUGGCAUAUACCUGCUCUGCAUUGAGCUUCAUGCUGCAAAACCUCGGAAAGCCGGUGAUUCUUACUGGAGCCCAAGCGCCCAUGCUCGAGCUACAGAAUGACGCCACCGAUAACCUUCUCGGAUCCCUCGUUGUGGCUGGCCACUUUAUGAUCCCCGAAGUGUGCCUGUAUUUCAACAACAAACUGCUUCGCGGCAACCGAUCCACCAAGAUCGCGGCGAGCGACUUUAAUGCGUUUGAUUCACCAAACUGCGCGCCGCUGGCUGUGACCACAUCCAUGCGUACGAAUGUCAACUGGGAGAUUGUGAACCGGCCGAAAAGCCUUGAGCACUUUAGCAUUCAGACAAACUUGGACACGACCCAUGUCGCGUGCCUUCGCAUCUUCCCCGGUAUCAAGCCGGAAAUGGUGGAUGCAGUCCUAAAACUAGACGGCCUUCGUGGCUUGGUUCUGGAAACAUUCGGAGCCGGAAACGCACCGCACGGACAGGAUAACGCAAUGACCAAGGUGUUUGCUGACGCCAUCUCUCGGGGAAUUGUCAUUGUCAAUGUCACUCAAUGUUUGACAGGAAGCGUCAGUCCAGUUUAUGCCCCCGGCAUGAGCUUGUCCAAGGCCGGGGUGGUUGCAGGACUCGACAUGACGACAGAAGGCGCACUGACAAAGCUAGCUUACCUUCUGGCUCUACCCGGGUCGACACCCCGGUCCGUGGCAAACAACAUGUUCGUGUCCCUUCGUGGCGAAUUAACAGAGUCGUCGCAGCCAGUCUUCCGCCAUCCCGACGGAGCUCUGCCUGAGCGCGUUCAAGCGCUCACGAUUCUGGGGUACGCCAUCGCGCAGGGGGACCUUGCUCGGGUCGAGGAGAUCAUAAGGAGCGAGCACCAUUGGCUGCUGAACGACGCGGACUACUCCGGAAAUACUCCAGUGCAUCUCGCCGCAACUUCACCCUCGAUCAGCAUCCUUGAGUUCCUGCUCCUCCAAGGCGGGUCGGUGCACAUACGGAACCGCAACGGACGCACCCCGCUGUUCCUGGCUGCUAACGCUGGGCUCUCAGAGCACGUUGUGCUUCUGCGCAAGUCGGGUGCACAUUUGCACAGCGACGAGCGGACGGCCGCGCAGUUGCUGGCCCGACGCCGGCCUGGCAUCUGGGGGCUGGCCGGAAUUGGGCCACGUGAAGUCAGCGACAGGGAGAUGGAGGAAGUUGUCGGCAGCGGGUAUCGCGCGGGGUCGUCGCACUGGUCGAUGGCGGGAUCGGCGCCUUGA